GGGAAGCGUCCUACCAGACGACAAGGAAAUGAAAUAUUUGUUUGGGAAUUCCGUCAGUACCACCACAUUGGAGCUUCAGUCAUAGAGAAGCGGAGUUUGGAUAUACGAAAACGUGCUAGGCUAUGACACGCCGAUACGCCUAAGGGUGUUUGUUUAGGCUACCUAGCGCACGCUUUUAUCAAUGACAAUAGCCUCGCUGCGGCGUUGCAGAGACAACGGCGUGCUAUUUGGAGGGUGUUUUACAAGGUUAUAAAUCGAAGGUGACAUAAACCAGAGUGUGUGAGAACCAGCCGAGACUCCAACGGGAUUCGCGAGUCUCUCUGUGUAUUUUAACCUGUAAGGUAUGUUUUAUUGACAAACAACAGAGUGUCUACAGUGUGACAAGCUUACACUGGUACCGGUGGGAGAAGAAAGUUACCGCCCAUUACCCAUUGGAGUUUUUUCAACGGACAUAACGUCGGCCACUGACCUCUUGCAUGUUAUACUAGUCUGCACUCUGCCACAGCAGCCAGCAACCCACAGACGCUUGCUUGGAUUUUAUGUUGGUGUGUGUUGUACAUGAAAAUCACUCGGAUGAAUCUGCAGAAGCUCAGCCUAUGGACUUUUGCGUAGGGAUUUAAACAUCGUCUUCACUUGCACGAGAGAAACAUCCCAACGCGCACGAAUUGCAUUUUAUGACCGAGUUUUCCUUUUAAUUGUCAUCCUCAAAGUGGCAACAGCUGAGGCGGUCGUGAAAGUGAAAAUGGGCUGGGCCGCCUAGUUCUCUUUGUGGGGGCAUCAUCUUUUAUGUGACAGAGCGCAGAGAUUUCUGAAGGUGAUAGCGCUGAGAAGCAUCGCCCGUGGUCGCUCUCGCUGACUGCAGCCGGAGCACCCCGAGUAAAAAAGUCGCUGCUUCCUCUGCAGGAUAGCGACCGUAUGCGUUGGAUUACAAGAGCGGAUUCCGUGCCUCACGAUUUAAGCUUGCUAUCUGUACUCUCUGAACUGAGCUAAUUUUGUCUUUGCGUAGGCUCAUACGCUAUCCUACGGACAUUACGAAACCUGCGCCGUGGGUUGCAACACUCCUGGAAAAAAAUGAAAUAUUUUUGUUAACUAUAACAGUCACCGGGGACAUGUUAUAGCUUGGUAGUUGGAAUAGAAUUGUUUUACUACCACGACUACCGAGGCAGCAGAACCGUGUUCGAGGGUCGAACAUUUUCUGUUAUUUUGGAGACUAUAAUUUUCCAGUAUUUUGAGAACGACGAUAUAGCCUACUGCACACAACCGUAAGUCCAUCCAGGUGUGUCCCAAUUAGAUCUCCUACCGGAGUCGCUGGACGUUUGCUCAUUUUGGAAGUUAAGCUGCUGACUGCCGAAGAUGGAUACAACUAUACUGACAGGGGUGAAGAGAGCAAGGGGAACAAGGAUGGGCUUUCAAACGCUUAUGAUGGCGUGUGCGCUCUUAGCGGGGCUGACCCCCGGGUGGACAAAGCGUGUGGUGACCGUGCAGGGUGGUCCAGAUGGUGGUCCGCUGGUGCGUACGGAGGGCUCGCACACCACCAUCUGGUGCAACGUGACGGGCUACAAGGAGGGCAUGGAGCAGGACUUUGAGUGGUCUAUGUACCUGCCAUCGGUGCCCGACCGCGAGAUCCGCAUCGUGAGCACGGGGCAGCCCAACUACGCCUACGCCAUCUUCGCACAGCGCGUCAACAGCAAGGAGAUCUGGGUGGAGCGGCUGAGUGCCGACGCGGCGCUGCUGCACAUCACCAAGCUGGAGGCCAAGGACCAGGGCGUGUUCGAGUGCUACACGCCCAACACCGACGGACAGUUCCUCGGCUCCUACAGCGCCCGCACCAACCUCACCGUCAUCCCGGACACGCUGAUGGUGUCGUCGGCGGCGCAGACCCUAUCCAAGGUGGAGGGCGAGACGCUGCAGCUCACCUGUGAGGUGAGCCGACAGACCAGCCAGCACACUCACCUGGCCGUGGGCUGGUACCUGAAGCCAGCUGAUGACACGGACACGGCGGCGCGGGAUGUGGUGACGCCUCAAGGACUUUUGUGCCCGGCCUCGGCAAAUUUACCGCCAGCCUGUCGCCCGGGCGACCUGCGUCUGGACAAGACUGGUGCGACCAGCUACCGGCUGACCAUCUACCGUUUGCAGCCGGGCCGCACUUCAAGGGCGAAGUUCCAUAUGGUGGCGCCGGAGUGGAUCCAGGACCCUGACCGCUCCUGGUACGCCAUCAGCCGCAAGCAGUCGGACAAGACCUCCGUUAGGGUGCAGCCCACAGUGAGUAGCAACUCUGUCUGUCUCUCUGUCACCCCACUCAAGAGCAACGUCACUGUGUCCCUCUCCAGUAACUCCUCCUUCGACGAGGGCGACCCAGUCAUCCUGACCUGCUCUGUGCAGAACGUGUGGGGCAGCCUCUCCGUGUCCUGGCAGUGGACACCCCCCUCCUCGGGCGAGGAGGCGCCGCCGGGUCCAGAGCCCGUGGAGCUGGCCAGCGUGGCGCGCGACGGUACGGUGCGGCUGGGCCCCACGUACCUGGAACGCGGCAGCUAUGGCGAAGUGCGGGCCACGCGCGAACGCGCCGACACAUACACGCUGUCGCUCUACAACGCCUACCCGACCGACGCCGGACAGUACCGCUGCAUUGUCACCGAGUGGAUACACACGGGGCCCGAGCCCAACAGCACCUGGCAACACCUGGGAGAGCAGUCGGCUGCUAAAGACAUCAGCGUGAAAAGUGUCGAAUCCUCCUUCUUCGUGUCGGCGUCCUCGCGGACGCCCAGCGUGACCUUCGGCGACUCCUUCGACCUGCAGUGCAUCGUCAAGCCACGCCACAACCCCAGCGUGCCGGCCACCGUCACCUGGCGCUUCCGCCCGGCCGAGUCGCGCGGCCCCCUCCGCGACCUGGUGACCUUCACACGGACCGGGACCCUCCGCUGGGGCGAGCAGCCGCCGGGCCUGGGCACGCGCACAACCGUGGACCGCUCGGACACCAACACCAACUUCCGCCUCAGCGUGACACGGGCCGGACGCCACGAGGCCGGUACUUACCACUGCGCUGCCACACUCUACCGCCGCCACUACGACGGCACCUGGACGGAGGUGGCCAACCGCACGUCCAACCUGCUGGGCAUCAGUGUGCUGCAGCCAGUGAGUAAGCUGCGCGUCCACAAGACCAAUCAGAGCCUGCAGCUGUUGGAGGAUGGUCGCGUGCGUCUCAACUGCUCCGUGGCAUCGCAGACCAGCCAGGACUCCCAGUACGCCGUCCAGUGGUACGCCCGCCGGGCGCGGACCGAACCAGAACCUCGGGCAGCGGCGGCGCCGGUCCUGGAGCCCGGCGUGGGUGCGGGCGCGGCCGACCUGGACGAGCUGCUGCUGCAUCAACCCUUCGAGCGCCGCCGAGUACGUCGCGCCCGGAGGAGGGCGGCUACGCCCAGCCCGCUGCAGGCCGAAAGGCCGGCCGGCAUGCAACAACACAGUCUGACGCUGCACCGCGCCGAGACCAGCGACUCGGCCACCUACUACUGUCUGGUGGAGGAGUGGCUGACUGACCCGGACGGCCACUGGUACCGUGUGGCCCGCGAGGCGUCCGGCUUCACCCAUGUGCUGGUCAACAGGCCCGAGGCUCGCCUGCAGGUGGAGGAGGCGGAGUCCAACGUGACGGUGGAAGAGUCCGGCUCCAUCCGGCUGGGCUGCAGCAUCCCCACGCAGUCCACGCGCGACUCCCGCUUCUCCGUCUCCUGGUACGUGGCGAGCUCGGACGACAGCGGCGCUGGCGGCGACCACGAGUGCGUCUUCUCCAUCGGCCACGACGCCGUCUUCGGCAACGGCAACUGCAGCCCCACAGAGCCGCCAGGCCCAGAGUCGCGGCUGCAGUUUGAGCGCACAACCUCCGACCUCUACACUCUGACCAUCCAGAAGGCGCGGGCGGCCGACGCCGGCUCGUACUACUGCCACGUGGAGGAGUGGCUGCUUAACCCACGAGGGGCCUGGUACAGGCUGACCACUAACAACUCGGGCAUCACCAUCGUCAACGUGCUCCAGAAAGCCUCCAGCCUGCAGACGGUGGUGUGCUCCAACGACUCACUCUUCUACUUUGUGUUCUUCUACCCGUUCCCCAUCUUCGGCAUGCUGCUCAUCGCUGUGCUGCUGGUGCGCUACAAGAGCCGCAGCCACAGCAAGAGCCAGGAGGGCAAGAACGGCGCCCCCUUGCUGUGGAUCAAGGAGCCGCACCUCAGCUACUCGCCUACCUGCCUGGACCCUCCGGCCCUCAGUCUCCACCCUGGCUCCGUGGAGUAAGGCCUCCUCGCAUCCCCCAGCCCAAACCCACAGACCCAGGCGUCUGGUGCUGUCUCUCACUCUCUCACUCUGUCUCUCUAUCCCUCUAUUUUGUCUCUAUCUCUCUGACUUUACCUUCACGCCUUCUCUACAUGUCUUUCUCUCUCUCUCGCGCUCUCUAUCGUUUGGCUUGUCCCCAUGACGACACCCCUCCCCAGAGUCUCUCUGUGUCUGGGAUUUCGCCUCCGCUCCUGGCCCGGCCUCUCACCCUCCCUCCGUUGAUCAAUCCCUCUAAACACACGCCAAAACACGAACAUACAGACGUCUAAACACACACCAAAACACGAACAUACAGACGUCUAAACACACACCAAAACACGAACAUACAGACAAACAUGAACACCGCUCUCCAGGUCGUCGCCAUGGCUACAUCAACUGCUGAGGAGAUAUGGUUGUCUGAUGUGGCUGAGUUGAUAAUCUUCUUUUUCCUUUUUCUUUUUAAUAUUUUUGUUCAAGGACCCCCCCCACCCCCCUUGUUCAAUGCCAGCCGAUCUCACACAUUUUGAUGGACAAUCAGCCCCGUGCGUGGCUUAGAUGGGAGGAUAUUUCUCUUGGACCGAACAGUACUGGCGUCAUCCUCCCCUUUGCUCUAACUUUUACUUUCUUCCUCUUUAACCAUGUCUGACUGCAAGUUCUGACUUACAAUUGUUUUCAUGUUUUUUUUUGUAGACAUAUUUUUUUUUUGCUUUGUGAUAUUUUUGGUCGCACUUGUUUCAAAACACUAGCUGACGUAUAUAGUUGCUGGACUAUCUCAGUCUGAAGAAGGAUUAUUCUAGAAGGCAGAAACACUAUGAAUUAAAGACACUGACAGUGAUCUGUGA